AUGGCCAUCACAGUUCUCAGGGAGGCGCUGGCUUUGCACCCAGUCGGUCACCCAAACCGGUCCGCGUCAUUGAUUAGCCUUGCGGCUACAUUCCUCACCCGCUUUAGACACUGGGGGAAUGAUCAAGACCUAGACGAGGCUAUCGUGCUUGAGAGGGAAGCACUGGCUUUGCGUCCAGUCGGCCACCCAGAACGGUCCCUGUCAUUGAAUAACGUUGCAACUACACUCACCACCUGCUUCAUGUACCGGGGCAAUGUUCAAGACAUUGAUGAGGCGAUCGCACUUCACAGGGAAGCGCUGGUUCUGCACCCAGUCGGUCACCAAGAUCGAUCCAUGUCCAUGAGUAACCUUGCGUCUGCACUCGUCAUUUGCUUCAAACACCGAGGCGAUGACCAAGACUUGGAUGAAGCUAUCGCGUUUCACAUGGAAGCGCUGGCUUUGCACUCGGUCGGUCACCCACAUCGGUCGGCUGUAUUGGAUAACAUUGCAACUACUCUCUCCACCCGCUUUCAGCACCGAGGCAAUGGCCAAGACCUCAACGAGGCGAUUACGCUUCACAGGGAAGGGCUGGCUUUGUGCCCUGUUGGUCACCCAGAUCGGCCUUCGUCAUUGAAUCACCUUGCGAACACGCUUUUCACCCGCUUUGAGCACCGAGGCAACGACCAAGACUUGGAAGAGGCUGUCACGCUUCACAGGGAGGUGGUGACUUUCCUCCCGGUCGGUCACCCAGAUUGGUCUGCGUCAUUAAAUGACCUUGCGCUUGGACUCUCCACCCGCUUCCAGCACCGAGGUGAUGGCCAAGACUUGGAUGAGGCCAUAAUGCUUCACAGGAAAGCACUGGCUUUGUUCCAGGUUGGUCACCCAAACCGGUCCAAGUCAUUAAAUAACCUCGCGACUACACUUUUCACCCGCUUCAAGCACCGAGGCGCGCUGGCUUUGUUCCCGGUUGAUCACCCUGAUCGGUCAAAGUCGUCGAAUAACCUUGCGAAUGCACUCUCCACCCGCUUUGAGCACCGGGGCAACGACCAAGACUUGGAUAUGGCUAUUGUACUUCACAGGGAAGCUCUAGCCUCGCACGCGGCUGGUCACCCAGAUCGGUCCGGCUCGUUAAAUAACCUUGCGAGUGAGCUCCUCAUCCGCUUCCAGCGCCGAGGCAACGAUUACGACUUGGAUGAGGCCAUCACGCUUGACAGGGAAGGGCUGACUUUGCGCCCGGUCGGUCACCCAGAUCGGCCCAGCUCAUUAAAUAACCUCGCGAAUGAACUCUUCAUCCGCUUCCGGCGCCGAGACAACGACCAAGACUUGGACGAGGCUGUCGCACUUCAUAGGGAAGGGCUGGCUUUGCACUCGGUCGGUCACCCAGAUCGGUCCACGUCAUUAAAUAACCUUGCGAUUGCGCUCUCCAUUCGCUUCAAACACCGAGGUGGUGAUCAAUACUUGGAUGAGGCUAUCGCGCUUGAUAGGGAAGCGCUGGCUUUGCGCCCGGUCGGUCACCCAGAUCGGUCCACGUCAUUGAAUAAUCUUGCGACUGGACUCUCCACCCGCUUUGAGCACCGGGGCAACGUCCAAGACCUCAACGAGGCACUGAAGAAUCUCCGCCACGCAUUGACAAUAUUAACACAAAGUAGUCCCCGUCAAUUAAUGGUCCAUCGCUCACUAGCCACCGUAUAUCUGCUGGUCCAUCAAUCAGGAUUUCAUAGCAUUGGCGAAGAUAGUGACGCUGUCAGUCUAGAUGCCGCCAUGUAUCAUUUCAAGGCAGCAACAAAUAUUGUCUCUGGGGGUUUACUAUCCCGCCUGCGAGCAAGUCUAGGCUGGGUUUUCCAUGCUGAUCAAUAUACACAUGACACCGACCUGGAGGCUUAUGCAACUUCCAUGCAACUUCUAGAUGCAUACAUGUCUGCGACAGCUUCGGUUUCAUCUCGCCAUGAAACCAUGAAGGCCCUCCCGCGCACACUUGCAGUUGAUGCUGCAUCAUGUGCUCUUCGUCGUGGCGAUGUGUGCCGCGCCAUAGAGUUGCUUGAACAAGGCAGGACUCUCAUCUGGACCCAGAUGGCACGAUUCCGCACACCCUUUGACAUCCUCCAGGAACGUGGUGAUUAUGCAGAGGCACUGAUGAAGGAAUUCAGAGACAUCAGCUCCCUCCUUGAUAAGCCUCCUACAGAACGUCAAGACGGGACCCCAAGAGUUAAUGCAGAAGCAGAGGUUACCAGGUACACUCGUCUUGUGGAGAACUGGAAUAAAGUUGUGGAAGACAUCCGGAAGCUAGAAGGCUUCUCUCGCUUCCUGCUUCCCCCCCUGUUCUCCGAUCUCCAAGAUGCAGCUCGUGAUGGGCCUAUUAUUGUUCUCGUUGCAAGCGAGUCGUCUUGCGAUGCCAUCAUUAUCCCGCACAAGGAGCCUCCGACCAGUAUUCAACUCCCUAUCAAUCUAGACAAACUUGUGCGAUUGGUGCUCGCACUCCGAGAAAACAUCGACAAAGAGGCCAGUCCUAAAAAGACACAACCGGGGCUGAUACAAACAUUGCGGGAGCUAUGGGAUGAUGUAGUUCACCCUGUGGUUGAAAAUCUGGAUAGAUUUGCACGACGAGGUUCCCGAAUAUGGUGGUGCCCAACUUCCUUAUUCAAUUUUUUGCCGUUGCACGCUGCUGGCGAAUACAAACGCGGUGGAAAGUCCCUUUCCCAGCUAUACGUUUCUUCAUACACUCCAUCCCUUACUGCGCUGACUGGGGCUCGCAAAAGCAAUGACGGAUCUUUGUCCGUGUCUUUUUCUGCCAUCGGACAGAACCACCCUCCAGGACAUUCGCAUCCUUUGGAAGCGGUCGAGCCCGAGCUGGAAUUGGUGCAGAGUCUUCUACCACCUCCCCCAAUAGUUUUCUUCACCAAGGUCACGAGCGUUGAAUCAACAAAAAUGAGAGUCCUGCACACAUUGCAAGAUAAUUGCUGGCUCCAUUUUGCGUGUCACGGAACACAAAAUAUCGUGGAACCCUUCAAAUCGGCCUUCCUCAUGAGAGACCAACCGCUUUCACUCCUUGAUAUCACACAAAGAUAUCUGUCUCAGCAUGAAUUCGCAUUUCUCUCUGCCUGUGAGACCGCAGUCGGUGACCUUACAACUCCUGACGAGGUGAUACACUUGGCGGCUGCCCUACAGUUUGCUGGGGUGAAGAGUGUCAUUGGGACAUUAUGGAGAGUCAACGAUGCUACUGUACGACGCUUGGUCGAGGCAUUCUACAAAAACUUCUGCGGGGAUGGCACCAUGAAUUCAAAAAGGGCCGCCCGAGCGCUGCAUCGAGCGGUCCAGUCCUUGGCUUGUGACACAGACAUGCCCUUGGACCAGCGCAUCGUGUUCAUCCAUGUUGGCCUAUGA